UGGGAUUCAAACCCACGAACUCUUAAUGUGUGCGGCCUUGAUUACCAGUCUUACCAACUGAGCCACGCUGGCUAUAAUCAUUCUUAAGAAAGUGUACAAUUUCAUUGAUAGUGAAAUCACUAAGUUGAGAUAGCAUAUUGAUGAUAAAGGUAAGAAAGGCGCGUAUUUGAAUGAUAUUUGAUUGAAAAAGACAUGUAUUGAAUGAUAAUUGAAUGAUUCUAGAGUAAUGUGAAUAUUUUGAUUUUUUUGUGGUGUUUUGCUACUAAUUUUCAGGGGGGGCUGGGAACAUUCUGUUUUCACAAGCAAUAUGUCCGCCACAAUAGCUGAAACAGAUAGAAUAAUUAAUAAAGUAUUUUGCUAUCUAAACCACGUUGCAUGUGUAGAUAAAGUUCCAGGGACGAUCUCCGUGAUUAUCUCCUGGGCUUUGGGCUUGUUUAUUGACGCCAAUUGUAGGCUUUGAUCCAGCGCCAAUCCUCACGUGUGGAGAAUCUGGCGAGGAAGAACCAAACCAUGGAAAGCAACCAGAUAUCACUGCAUGAGAAGGUUGCCAAUGCGUUCAGGGAACGAAACAUUCCCGUUAAACGCGAGGACAUCGCUGCUACUCUGGUAGAUGCCGACACUUGCAAAUGGAUAGAAACCCAUCUCACACCAGAAACCCUUCUGUCAAAGGAGGAACUUACCUUGUAUAUAAAACUCGAAGCAACUGGUUCCCUCAAGUCUAUCUUACAAGGACAAGAAAUAUCAUCCACACGACCUUUCCUGGACGAUGAAAUCCGCGACGCGAUUGGAUCACUCACAGCUUCGACCGCGGCCAUUGAGCACCAAACUAAGACCCUAAAGGUGCAAUGCAAGGAGCUAAACUCCCAAAUCCGCAAUGGAAUCCGGUCGCGACAACGGGAGGCGAAGGCAUGGGAACAUUUGAAAAAUAAAAACGCGCGGGAGAAGGAGCAGAUUGAUGUUGCUGUUGAAGACUUCACUCACGACUUUGAGGCGACUCUUGGCUCAGUGCAGUCUUUAUUUUCCACCGAAGCUAAUACCUUGCUCCCUCAAUUGGCUAGUAAAUUGAAAGACGACGACCGAUCCAUGCAGGGCUUGGAAAAAAUAGCGUCGACAAUUCAAAUAGAUACCAAUUAUAAGGAGCUUAGAGCACGGGCUAUCGAGCUUACCGCGAAACUCGCCAGAUACCUUGCCGAGGCGGUUCACUCACGGUUGGAUCGGCUCUAUACUGAAACUUUACAAAGCAGCCCACCUGGCCUGGAUGAAUACGAUGAAGAAGCGGUAGCGGCUCUCCAGGAAGAGAUAAGCUCAUUAUAUUCGGAGAUUGAGAUUCUUUCAGAAAUGGCCACCGAGCAGCAAUUCAGGGAUCCGAUACUUCGUGCUCUUCAGAGUAGGGGGACAGAGGCUCAUUCUACUUCUCAGCAGCAAUUGGAACAAAUUUUCGAUACUAUACUUGAAUUAACACAGUCCACAGAGCGAAUAACGGAGAGGCUAAAUAACCGACAAUCCCACCGGACGGCGUUAAGCUAUCUAGCUGCAAAAUACAAAUGUGAACGGGAGAGUGAACUUUCAGAGCAGCAGACAAGUAAAACAACCACAGCACAAAAACGAUUGUCUCGAGUAUCAUACGCGCCCGCAACCCCUAAGGACACUGACCGAAGAAGUUCAAUAUCUCUCCCGCUUGAUCAUAGCUCAAAAGCCCUUGAUCAGCUCCUCCGGCGGCUUGGAGUUUCCAUUAUCGAUCUAGUGGAAAGCAGGUUAACAGAUAACCCUUCAGCAGCUCUUGAUGAGAAGCAGCAGCACAUGCUGGAAAUGCUUCAAAAUCUGCAGUCUACCGCAGAGUCGCCUCUUUCCGUCUACCUAGAAGCAGCAGACCAAGCGGCCCAGUUACUGCAUUCAGCGCUGUAUGCAGAUUCGCCUUUCGAGGUUUCAAUGGCUGAUGCCGCGCAGAAUCCGAAACUUGGCAGCUUGGAAAGUCGGAUUGAAGUGCUUCGCAAAGGGAUUGAUGGGCUUGAUGUUGAUAUCUUUCAAGGCGGGGACAAAGCGCAGGAGAAGUUUAUGGAGAGGUGGGGAUGAGAGAUUAGUGUUGAUAUUAUUAUUUCCUCCGCUACUGUCUUUCUGGUACUUCUAUCCAUUGCAUUCCUUUUCUCUUCUUCAUUUUUCAUACCUGUUCCAAUAAGGUUCUAAUCAUCUUCCUGCUAAAACUCAAACAUGUUGAUUAAUAUUUACACACAAGGACAACGUGCUUAUCUACCUUGAAAUCUGCUCCCCGGGACAGCAUGGCCUCCCUUUAGCGCCAGCAGUCGGACCACUAAAUUUCAGAAAUCUGAGUCCUUGAUGAGCCCGAUUGCAUAGCGAUAGCCUGAUUGAUUCCGCAAGAAAGAUUUAGCGGCGCCCGCCCCAGUGGCGUUGCCCUAGCGAUCGCUCCGCCUACACGUGAUCUCAUAUGUAAUAUCCAUACCGGAAAAACGUAGGCUUAUUAUACAACCAGGUUAUGGUUGUUCCGCCGUGCCAGUCGGCGACGCCAUCACUGAACUGUAAAACUUAAUAUAAUGAUGAAUUAGCUGUGAAAUCACUGUAAAUGAG